AUGCCCUAUCUCUUAGCUGCAAAUCUUCUGGGGUCUAGCCUCCAAGGCGCGUGCUGUUCAUAUUUCUCACGGAGCACGCGGGCUAAAAGCCGCACCGUUAUUGCCGACUUUUGCAGCCCACCUGGGGACAGUUCUGUUCAUGGCUUGGCAUUGGCUAAUGUGAUGCUGGCAAUGCACACGUAUUGGCUCUCUCCAUGCAAGUGUAUGAGAUAG